AACAUAUUUAUUUUUCCCAGAAAGCGAAAGAAUCAAAACAAUAGUUCUCAGCCGAGAAAAUAUCAGUGCAUGGAAUAUUUUGUCAACCGAUUAAUAGCAAACGGAGCUCCUACAGACGCCAUUUUCAUUAAAACCAUGACAGAGCAAAAAUAUGAUAAUCAAUCAAAAGGUUUCAUGCCGAUGUCCAUAUAUAAGACACCUGUUUUUAUUAAGCAUCAGGCACGAGCCUGUAGAACACUUUUCAAUGCCAACAAUUCUGGAUCACAGACCCAAGGGGAAAAAAGUUUACUUGCUCUGGAGCGGCGCCAGAUAGAGCGUAAGCGGUACGCGGAUCUUGUCCAAAGUCAUUGUAACAUCUCAAUGCUACACGCCGAGAUAAAGCCACUUCCACAGCAGCGCUCCAAGGUUGAAGUCAUUAGCCAGAGCCUUAAUCCUAUCCAGAAUAACGAAGUAGCGAAUAAAGAGAAUACCAUAGAGGAGGACAUUUUUCUUAUUCGGCAAAAACUAAACUUUCUCUGCCAACUUUUUCUGAAAUGCCCCGAAGUCGAGACUCCACAAAAGCAAAUGAACAGCCAGGAUAACAGUCAGGUCAAGAAGAACGUAGAGAAUCACAUCGAGUUGCCUAAGCCCGAGGUGGAUACACCAAUCUUUUUUAGUCUAUCAAAAAGCUGCAAAUUUUUGAAGAUCAACUAUGUCGAGCAAUUCAAGCAGAAGGCUGAAAAAAAACUAAAGGUUUACAGAGAAGACUUGGAACACGCAAAACGCAGGGCUGACAAAGCUCAUGCUAAACGCAUCGCUUUCGAGAAGGUCCACUUUAACCGUCCUAUAGCCAAGCCCAUCGUCAUGAUCAUCGAGGAUGCUCUUCAGUCUGUUGAAAAAGAAAAAAGUGAAUUCAUACCUUUCACUGAAGAGCAUCUUGAUCUGUUAUGUCGGUUAGAUGACGGUUCUCCAGAGGAUGUUAUGGUUUCAAAGUUCAAUUUAAAUGUCCAUCGCAGCGAAAUUAAAAUUUUAGUUAGUGGCGCCUGGUUUAACGACAUAAUAAUUAACUUCUACAUGGAGCUAUUGACCGAGCGUUCGGAGAAACGUUUUUACCAGCUGCCUAGUGUGUAUGGCAUGAACACUUUCUUUAUGCCACGCCUUCUGCAGUGUGGAUACAAUAGCGUAAAACGCUGGACAAAGAAGGUUGAUCUUUUUAGCAAGGAUCUCAUAUUGGUGCCUGUCCAUAAUAGAGGUUCUCACUGGUGCAUGGCCAUAAUCGAUAUGCGUAAGAAGACAAUCCUGUAUUACGAUUCCCUUCUCGAGUGUAAUAAAAGAGUUCUGGACGCAUUGGAACAAUACCUCCGGCUAGAGUCGUUGGAUAAACACAAUAAGGCCUUUGACACCAGCAAAUUUCGCAUUGAGAAAGCCAAAAACGUGCCACGACAGACUAACUCCGACGACUGCGGCGUUUACAGCUGUAUGUUUGCUGAAUACUUAUCACGAGAUGCUUGGAUUACCUUCUCUCAGGCAAACAUGAUAUAUUUUCGCAAAAAGAUGGCCCUAGAGAUUCUCGGCUGUGAGUUGUGGCAGUAGGCGUUCCUCUCAAACUUUGCUAAAAAGAAGAAAGCUUUUAUGUAAAAGAUAUGUUUAUAAUAAAG